AUGACUAAUUCACAACAACAAGUAUUGCCAUCACUAGCACAAGUCAACACCAAAUUCUGUUAUUCUCCUCUCACAUAUAAUAAUGAGGAAAUAAGACUACUUGAGCUUACCAGCCCCGUCUCAAUGCAUUCUCGACCAAUAUGCAAGCUCCACACAGUACCUAUCCAUAAGGCUCCACGAUAUAAAGCUCUUUCGUACUGCUGGGGUCUCAACCAAAGCAAAACUUCAAUCUUGUUGAAUGGCAAAGAGUUCUCAGUAACCGAAAAUCUACUGGAGGCUCUAGAAACCCUCCAAAAGGAACCAGGCUUUUACUGGGUUGAUGCGAUCUGCAUUAACCAAGCUGAUCUUCAAGAGAGAGGCUUGCAGGUCAACCGUAUGAAAACCAUAUUCAGCACAGCUGAGCAGGUUGUAGUCUGGCUAGGCGGAAAUGUCCAACUCGCUUUCCUUUAUCCAACAACAGCUGAGAUCACUCAGCCAGAUGAGGGACGCUCCAGCUUUUUUGGCAAUGCAUAUUGGCGAAGAGUAUGGGUUGUACAGGAGUUCGCUGUCUCCACGAGUGUCAUCAUUCUGUAUCAGAACGGGCGCAUCACUUGGAAUGAGUUACUAGGGUUUAUGGAAUCACCGUCAGUGGUGGGAAGAAAUGUUAACACCGCGUCACAAGACUGGGAAGGGGUCGAAUGCAUCACGAGACUCAUUAGCCUACGUCAAGGUUUCAUACGGCGUUCCCCUGUCUAUCUGCUGGACCUGUUGCGGCGUAGCCGAUCACUACUAGCUACAGAUAAGCUCGACAAGGUAUACGGGCUUCUUGGGCUCGCUCAUGAUGGCGACAGAUUUGUUCGAUAUCCCCAAUAUGGUAUUUCACCAAGAACCUUAUACAAGCGGAUGGCCACAUCCCUGUUAGAAAAAACAGGGAACCUAUACAUUCUUUGCCUCAGGCACGAUCUAAAGGACGAUUAUCUCCCAUCUUGGGUUCCCCAGUGGUUUGAUGUUCACGAUAUACGAUCGCGGGAUUGGAUUGGCUAUAUGAUUCGAAGAAGCACAUUACCAGACGUGGGCCCGCUAGUCUACGACUUACCUCGAGUUCAGGGCAAUGUUCUCAGCGUGCGAGGCAAGGUGAUAGACGUCCUUACAAGUCUCACGACACCUUGCUAUGCUGGUGGUUCUUCACGAGCGUCUCACGAAGUCCCAACCAUCUCUGAGUCAAGGUCGAACCCCUACGGCUGUGACGACAAUAUUUAUUUUGCGAUUGUCAAAUCAUUGUGUUUUGGGCUGAACCUUUUUGGAAGCAGCCUGACAAACCAUAUCAUCGACCAAAAAAUGGAUAUCUCCAAAUUGCUAAGAACUCGCCUCAGUUGUUGGAUAGCCGAUAACGAAGACUUUCAGGUCGGGGGAAAGGGGCUGCCCUCCUGGACCAGAGAGACGUACGGAGACAUACUAAGAACAAACUCAUAUUUGCUUCGGGACAGCCCAUUUGUCACAAACCUUUUGAUUCGGUCUUUGGGGUUAAGUCCUGAAGUUGUUGCCCGUCUGACAACUCCCAGCGACGAUGUAUUGCGGUUUUAUAAGGAGGUGGACGAUGGUUUAUACACUUUCUCAGCUGCGCAAAUGCGUUUAACUAUCACAGAACAAGGGCUUAUAGGUGUUGUGAUGAGUGAGGCCUCUCAGGGCGACACACUUGUUAGGUUCGAGGGAUGCGAACGUUUGAUUGUAGUUAGAGAGGCUAUAAGGAACAACGACCGCUGGGUGGUUGUUGGAGAAGGUUGGCUGUGUACCGACCACACAAGAUUCUCUGAGGAUGAGUCUGAAUUACGCUGGUUUGACAUAGUCUAA